AUGGUGUCUUCAAACAUAACCUGCUUCAAGCACGAUGCCCAGACUCCCCCAGCUCUCUUCCAGAAUGGCGAUGCGGUCUUCCAGGCCCACCAUGUAUUUAUCCCCCGGUCCUCCCUAAACCCUACCUGGACUCAUCAUUAUCAGGUUGGCUGGAUUGUCGCAGGUGGAUUUGCUACGGUCGCUACGGUGGUCUCAUUUUGGCUCAUCAACAAACAUUUGCAGUGGUAUACGAAUAAAAGGGAACAACGGUACAUCAUACGGCUUCUAUUUCUUGUGCCAAUAUAUGCUCUCAUCAGCUUUGCCUCCUACCUCUUCUGGGAUCACUCAACACCUCUGAUUCUCGUUCGAGAUGCUUAUGAAGCCAUUGUUCUCACUGCCUUUUUCUACUUGCUCCUCAAUUAUGUAUCACCUGAUGUCGAGGAACAGAAGUUGGUUCUCCUGAAAGUCGGACUUUCUCGCGAUGCUGAUAGGGUUGCGAGACAGAAGGGAGAGGCUAUGAAACGGUGGGCUUUUCCUCUCAAAUUUAUCAAAUGGAAACCAUCGGACGGACUAUAUUUUUUACAGCUAAUGAAAUGGGGAAUUCUACAGUACUGCGUUGUUAGGCCAAUUACCACUUUGGCCGCUGUCAUUCUGGAUUACAAUGGGCUGUAUUGCGAGUCAUCCUGGGGUCCAGGGUGGGGACAUGUCUAUAUCGUCGUCAUCAUCUCCUUGUCUGUCACCGUGGCCAUGUAUUGUUUGAUUCAACUCUAUCUAUGUAUAGCUAAGGACGUUGAACGCCAUCGUCCUUUGCUCAAGUUGUUUUCUGUCAAAGCCGUGGUUUUUCUCACCUUCUGGCAAGCGACCUUUCUCUCCGUACUCAGCAUGUUCGGGGUGGUGAAGGACACUACAUACAUGACAGCGGAGGACAUAAACAUCGGCAUCGGCGCCCUUUUGGAAACCUUUGAGAUGAUGAUAUUUGCUUUUGUUCAUAUAAAAGCAUUUACCUACAAGGAAUAUCGACCUAAGCAAGACUCGAAGUUCGUUGGUGCGGCCCCUGUGCGAACAUCCCGACUUCGUUCACUUGCUCAUGUUCUGGACUUUCGUGAGACAUUCCGGGAAAUUUGGGUUGGCUGUAUCUAUUUGUUGGACAAAGUUAGAGGGAAGGAACCCUCACCGGACUUUGGGGUGCGACGAGCUGCUCACUAUGAGGAAGCUUUUGGGCGGUCACGUCUGGCCUACGCUGGACAGGAAAAAAACUCCAAAGGCUCACACAACCUCGGGGAGAAAUUAGCUACUCAUCCGGCUGUGACAGUCGAGGUCGACCAGGAAGUCCAAAUAGAAGUAGGAGGGGAAAGACAAUGGCUCGGGACAGGUGAUGAUUACGGCUAUGGGCUUGGCUACCUGCGGCGAGAACGGAGUGAAGGCUUAGCAGCGCAGAUAGAAAGGGAACUCGGGAGACGUGGGGUGGGCUUGCGUCCUAGCCAUGAUGAGCCAACCCCGCUCAAUGUCGGCUCGAGUCAUGACAAUCCUCGACAUCAACGAAAUAAACGCUCGUGGUGGCGCACUGUCUACGAUCGCAUUUCUCAGACUGGACACGAGGAAACAGACCAGCCGGCUCCCCAUGCCCAAAGAAGACUUAGGCGCACCUCACACUCACGCUGGGAGGAAGCACAUCAGCGUCUUUUACAGGAUCAUGCUGACAUGCCGACCUGUGGCAUGGACUCUGAGCGACAUGCUAGUGAUCACAGAGCAGAGGAAUCAGAGUGGACAUUUCUCUGA